AUGCAGGCCCCAUACUCUAUCAAGCCCGAGGGCCGAAUCGGAGACGCAACGCUCUCUCCGGCGACCGACCCGCGCUUUCAUCCCAAGCUGGUGGAAGCCCUGGCGACCCAAGGAUGGGAGAAAAACCUGCCAAUUGGCAUCGCUGACGAGAAUUCGCCCUUUGAACAGCUGACGAAGGAAAUGCGAGCCCAGCACUACGGCUUCUCGGAAGGCUUUGCUGCGUUACCGAACGACCUAGUACAGGAUGUCAAUGAACCGCCCGUCGACCGCACCACCUACGUAGCGAAGGGGGCUGAUGGCAACGACGUCAAGCUGUAUUUAUUUCGGAAACGUGGGACGGAGGGCCAGGUUCUGCCCUGCGUCGUAUACAUCCACGGCGGAGGCAUGACGACCCUUGACACGUUGCGACCCGGUAACGUUCGCUGGCUUACUGACCUCGCCCAGCGAGGCGUGGUGUCCAUUGCGGUCGAUUUCAGAAAUGCCUGGUCGGAAACCCAGUACAACCCUUUCCCAGCCGGCUUGAACGACUGCGCCGAAGGCGUCAAGUACAUCGCCUCGCACAAAAACGAGCUCGGCAUCGGCAAGAUCGUCUUGGAGGGCGAGAGCGGUGGCGCGAAUCUCUGUCUCGCGACGGCGCUGAAAGCAAACCAGGAAGGCUGGGUCGAGGACAUUGACGGCGUCUACGCCUACUCGCCGAACGUGUGUAACGUGUACGGCUGGUCGACUGAGCGGAUAGCGCGGGAAUUCCCAAGCCGCCUCGCAAACGACGGAUACAUGUUCGACACGGCCGGUGCGGGCGCCAUGCAGAGCUACUACGCACCCAACAUCCCGGAUCGGACUCAACCGAUAGCGUUCCCGUACUACGCAACUGUUGAUAUGUGCCGGGGCCUGCCGCCGCACAUCAUCAGGGUUGACGAGCUGGAUCCGCUGAGGGAUGAGGGCAUCGCGUACCACCGUAAGCUGUGCGCGGCAGGGGUGGACGCGGUCGGGAGCGUCAACCUGGGGGUGACGCACGGAAGCAUGGUGUUAUUCAGACGGGCCAUUUCCGAGCUUUACAGCGCUGGUAUGAGGGAAAUUGUUGGAUUCGCAAAGAGCCUGUAG